AUGUGUUCAUUCGACCCAGUCCCUCUUACACCCCUUGAUCAAACACUGCCUUCUACUACCACCGUCAGCUUUCUACUUUUUUUCCAGCCUGAAGACAUCAACAGUGCAUUACAAGUUGCCCGAUCUGGAUGGGAACAGUUGGUUCAUCGUCUUCCUCUACUGGCAGGAAAUGUUGCGAAUCAAUCAGUGGAGGGGCAAAAAAAGGAAAGGAGAUUUAUUGUUCCCGCGAAUUGUCCUCCAACAGUCGAUGAGUUGGUCGAGAUACGAUAUCAACCGCUCAAGCUAGCAGACAUAGACAGUCGUGAGGCGGAGGGACGACUGGUCGCGUCUCUCAGGUCCUCAGAAGCGCAAGCUGUUUCCCGGGUCGUUUUGAAUGUCAUGAAAAAUGGGAUUGUUUUUUGUUUGACCUGGAGUCACGGAGUUUUUGACGGCAAUGGUGCGUCGCUGCUUGUGGAGAUGCUUGCAGAUAUUUGCCAGGGAAAUGUUUCUCACUCAAAAACGAGCCACACCAUUGAAGUUAAACUACGCAAGAUGAUCUCUAAUCUACAUCGCCCAUCACAAGAUUGCCUAAGAGAUUUUUCUGACCUGUUGACGAGUGGCGAAGAAGAAGAGGAGAACUUAGAUCCGGAGAGAAGUCUCGUCAAUCAUUCAUUCCCUUUGUCAUCGGCACGCCUUUACCUUCUCAGGGAGUCCUGCGACACAUUUCUUCGCCAAUGGAGUUCUUUAAAUCAGGAAAAAAGUCCUCCAUCCCUCACCACGAAUGACAUCUUGACAUCCGCAGUAGCACUUUGCGUUACAAGAUCCCGGAACAAAGGAACCCAGGCACCUCAAGUAUUAACAACUGUUGAUUUUGGGAUGUCUGUUGAUGUCCGUAAGCAUCUGGGCAUAUCAACUGGUGAUGGGCAACAAUACCUAGGAAAUACUUUUGUCACCAUUGCAGUUCAUGCAGAUCUACCACCGACACAAAAAGACUCGGGACGAAAUCGACAUCAACUUGGGAAUGGCAUUGAAAUGACGGACUUCUCUCUGAUAACGUACUUAGCAUCGCAAGUACGGCACAAGCUCUCCGCGAUUAAUAGAGCACAUGUUAGCUCCCUGGUUUCAUACUUAAGAGAGACCAUAGCUAAUCGCCAGGUCUUUUUCGAGACUUGGGGUAUGACCUUUAGCUCCGUUCGGCAUUUACCUCUCCAUUCCCUUGACUUUGGGGGGAAGCUUGGUAGAGUCAGGGAUUUCAAGGACUACAAAUCGGACAGUGAUGGCAGUGUUUACGUUCAAGCAAAGCGACCGGAUUUCAGUCAAAAGGUCGGGGAAGGACAAGUGCAGCUUUUGAUCACGUUGAAUACUGUGGAUAUGAAUAUUUUUAUGAAAGAUCCUUUGAUUGCCUGGCUACAAGGUCUCCCUCGCAAUAGUCGAUUAUGA